GCCCUGAAGAGGUCAUUCGACGAUGAAAAUGCAGACGAUCUGAUGUCCAUCACCUCAGCUUCCUCUGCCUCCACCCCCGUCUCUCCCUCCUCCUCCCAUUUCAUCCUUAACCACAAUAAAGCCAUUGUGGAGCAGCGAGGAGGUGGGCAGCCUGACUCCCUCAGAUCUUUGAGUUUGGGUCCCAGCCCCCUGCUGAAGAGCCGUGCCGUAGGCAGCAGCUUGUCCUUCAACAGAGGAACCAUGAACAGGCCGGUCGUCCCAAACAAUAGCUCCUCUGUCACCAGAGCGGCUUCCUUCCAGAGCAGAUUAAACCCCAACUUCUGCUCCACGUCGUCUGGACCCGGCAGUGACAACGACAGCCUUUACAGCUCUACCUCCAGCCUAGAGUACUCCAGCGGUGGCGGCUACACCCUCCCAGCCAACCGGCUGACAUCGUACAACAGCCCUCCACCUCAGAGGGACUUCUAUGGAUCCAAGCUCAACUGGCCUCAGCAGCGUGGAGCGAACAUGGAAAAGUUCUCCUCCCUGGGCGGUGUUUUUAAGCCUGAGGUAGACCAAGACAGCGAGCUGACGCUGCACGUCACAGAGCCGCAUGUCUCCGACCGUGGCACCGUGUCCAUUCUGGACUUCCAGCUCACAGAGGAGCUCACACUGGGAAUGGCAAAGGACGGUGCAGAAGGCAGGAUGUCUCCAGGAAUGAAGUAUGUUGAUGCUAAUGCUAACUGGAAUGGUCGGCCAAGUGGGUAUUCCUCUGAGGAAAGUGGGUCAAAGGAAGUUUACCAGCAGCGCCUGUGGGGCACCAAGAGUCCUCCGACCAAAGCCAAAGAAACUCGACGUCUCAACAAAUUUCCCUUGGAUCUGGACAGCUUGGUAAGCAGCAUCUCACCAACCUCCCCCACGAAGCCGCAGGCGGGACUGAUGAGCCCAAAGACUUCAAACUGUUCCCAGCAGAGCAGCAGUGAGCUUCAGAACUACAACCUCAGCCCCCCAUCUACAGCUACCAGCCCUUCAGCCUCCCUCCACAGCCUGGACAGUUCCUCUGAAACAUCCGGUCGACUCUACAACCAUCCACGCUCACCCAUCUCUCCAAGUUCUCCCGUUCCUUCACACCAUCCCAUCACCGCUGCAGAGAGGAGCUGCUCUCCUGAGAGCCUCCAUCAGAUGGAUCAUUACUCAAAAUCCCAGGUCGGUCACAUGGUCCUUAAUCUCCACUUGGGUUCUUCUAGCACCUCUGGAUCCAGAGUGGUUGGACCGCUGGCAGAUGGUGAAUGUGACGGCAACGACAGCGUGGACCUGAUCUUACAGAGGAUUGCUUCCUUCUCUGUCCCUGGAAUGACUGACAUCAACACAGGACCUGCCGUCCAAACGCCAAAACCUUCUGCUGGGUCAUCAUCCGAGUCGGACGGUCCGACUGAGACCAGAAGCACGACCAGAAGACUGGAGGGGACCAGGAAACACGGAGAAACUGCCGAACAGUUGCUGUUUGAGCCGUCAGCCCUGAUGGAGGAGAGAGGGGAGAAGCAGAAUGUCACCACAGGAGACGGAGAGCAGAACAUCCAGAGCUCCAGGUCGGAGAAGGAGAGCUGCAUGGAGGAGCAUGAGGAGCCUGUGAAGGAGAAGGGGAUGGAGACAGAGGAGAGCAGGAGAGAGUCGGAGCUGGAGGCCGAGGUGAAGCUGCAGCUCUGCCCGUCGGCUCCAGGAUUAAUCCGAGGAACCGACCUGUUCGGCUACGUGGGCAUCGAGGCGGUCCUGGACCAGAUGAGGCGCAAGACCAUGAAGGCUGGCUUCGAGUUCAACAUUAUGGUGGUCGGUCAGAGCGGGUUGGGGAAGUCCACGCUCGUCAACACGCUGUUCAAGUCCAAGGUCAGCAGGAAGUCAUGCUCACCGAACUACGAGGACAAGAUCUCCAAGACCGUCAAGCUGCAUGCAGUCAGUCACGUAACUGUCCGGGGCCCCGGGGCCCCUCUUUCCAGCUGGGAGCCCAUCGUGAAGUAUGUCAACGAGCAAUAUGAGAAAUACCUGCGAGAGGAGCUGAACAUCAACCGCAAGAGAAGAAUCCCUGACAGCAGAGUUCACUGCUGCAUCUACUUCCUGCCUGCGACCGGGCACAGGCUCCGUCCCAUCGAUGUGGAGUUCAUGAAGAGGCUGGGGAAGAUAGUCAGCAUCGUUCCCGUCAUCGCCAAAGCCGACACGCUCACCGUGGAGGAGCGGCAGGAGUUUAAAGAGCGGAUAAGGCAAGACUUGGCGUCCAAUGGAAUCCGCGUUUACCCCCAGAGAGAGUAUGAUGAAGAUCCAGAGGAGCGGCUCCUCAACGACAGAAUCAGGGAAAAGAUUUGA